UUUUACUGAAUAUAUAUUUCAACAGUUCAUCAGGUUCAGUAGGUGGCCCGACAAUGUCCUCCGCCAGGCGCCGCCGCGGCUCCUCCCUCUCCGGCGAGCCGGGCUCGUUUCCUCCUCCUCGGAGACCCCCUCUGCCCAGCAUCUCGUCGUCCCGUUUUCGCGACAUGUUUUUCCUUUUGGAAACCGCUGCUGCUUGCUCCCAUCCGCAUCUGUUCCAUGGAGCCCCGCCCGGUUUCCUCUCGGAGCAGGCUCCGCUCCUGGCGGCGCCGAUGCGGUCUCCUUAGCUCAGCGUCCCGCCCUGUUACACCCGAAUCCAAACUGAGCUUUCGGGAGGGAGCGGGACUCCUCGCGCUGUUCGGAUUCAAUCCGAAAUCGUGCGAGAGGCGCAUACCCUGGGCGGUGCCCUUGGUUCGUCGUCGCUGGUCUCGACCCCAGGUGCCGUCGUCCUGCGUGAUGGCGCUGCUGCCGCUCCAGCGGUUCCUGUCCCUGCGACGGGGUCGGCGCCGCCGGCGAACCCGAGCCCGCGGUACAUCGAUUGCUUCUGUGGCUAAAAGAAAAGGCUCACCCUGUCAACAAGGGGAUAGUUCUCAAGAUGGCAAAAGAAUGAGAUUUUCAGGGCCAGACCUUCCAAUGGACGUCUGGCAUCAUAUACAUUCCCUACUGCCAAUGAGAGAGGCUGCCCGAGCUAGCUGCUUGUCUCAUGCAUUUCAAUAUUUCUGGAGAUGCUACCCCAACCUCACCUUUUGUAGGAGUACAAUGGGCCCGAAUGAACCAAAAUUUCCUUUUCACCCGAACUGGAAAGAUGGACAGAAUUUUGUUCUCGUCAACAGAACUGACCAAAUUAUGAAAAACCAUUUGGGCACUGGAAUUAAGACAUUCACGUUUCAGUACUAUGGUUCUUGCUUCGACACCAGUAAGCUCGACACCAGUAAGCUUGACAGUUGGCUUCAGAUUGCUGUUACUUCAGGGGUUGAAGAACUCAAGAUUUCACUCUCUCUAGGAUACAAGUCAGAGCACUACAACUUCCCAUGCAUGCUUUUAUUCUCUAGGAGUGGAGGAAACUCGAUUCGGAGUCUUCACCUCAAGGGAUGCGCCUUCCGUCCCAUGUCUGGACUUGGUUGCUUGACAAGGCUUCAUCUGUAUUCGGUGCAUAUUAUGGAGGAUGAGUUAGGGUGCCUUCUUUCCUAUUCUUUUGCUUUGGAGGAACUGGAUCUCAUGAACUGCAGUGACAUCAUUCGCCUCAAGAUACCUUGCCUGCUACACCGGCUCAGCAAGCUGGCGGUGGUGUCUGAUUGCAGGGAACUGAAAGUUAUAGAGAAUAAAGCUCCAAAUCUCCGCACUGUUUCUAUCGAAAGUGACAUAGUACACCAUUCUAUUGGAGAUUCAUUGCGAGUGAAGGACCUUGAAAUGUUCUGCUUCUCUGAGUUUAACCUCAUUCAUCAUACUUGUGCCAAGCUUCCAGCAUGUAUGCCAAAUCUUGAAACUCUCAGCAUUCAUUCGACUGGUGAGAUGUUCAGCACACCAUCAGCACCUCUCAAAUUCUUCCACCUCAAACAUUUGGACAUUUGUCUUGAUGCUGAAAGUGGGGCAUUUUCCCCAAACUUCGAUUAUUUCUCUCUAGUAUUUUUUUUUGGAUGCCUGUCCUAUCUUGGAGACUUUCAGGCUGAAAGUUAUCCAGACUCGCAUGAAGCAUGUUUCAGUUCUUCAAGAUUCCUCACAUCUGAGGCAGAUUCCAGGACUCCGGCAUGGCAACAUCAAGAAGGUGGAGAUCAUCGGCUUCUGCUCUGCGAAGAGCAUGGUUGAGCUGACCUGCCAUAUUCUUGAGAAUGCAACAUCACUCGAGUGCCUUACAUUGGACACCAUCUCAGGUGGUAUUGGUAUUGGCGAUGUAGAUGCUUAUAGGCUGAAUAGACACAAAUUCGGUGUAUGCUUCAGUGAAGGCAGGCACAUGAUCGUGGAAGCCCACAAAGCGGUCUUGGCUAUCAAAAGACACGUUAUGGUGAAAGUCCCCUCCACUGUCAAGUUAAAUGUUAUCAAGCCCUGCAGCCGUUGUUACCGAGGAAAAAUAGAACUAUCAAGUGUUCAACUGCUGCAAAAUUAUAUGGGCUGUGUUUUCUUUC